GGGUAGAAAGGAAACUGUGUAUGAAUGUAUAUGCUGCUAUAUAGAACACAGGCAAUGAAAAUGAGGCUGUAAAGAUUAAAGGUUGAUUAUGGCUAGUUGGGGUACUAAAUUUGCUAUGCAUAUAGAUUUUAUUUUGUUUUGAGUGAAAAUAAUUGGGUGAGAGUGGAUGGAAUUCUGGAUGGCUACUAAAUUUGUCAGGUGGAUGUAGCCAUGUUAUUCUUAGUGCUUCAUAUUUCAUCUUUCAAAUCAUACAUUAAUAAAGGUUUCUUUUCUCUUGUUCAAGGCUUCAGGAAAUUAGAGUACUCCUAGGUUGGUCUAGACUUUUAGCUUCAGAUUAGAUGUCUAAGUACUAAAGUAUGCCAACAGAACCAGUUUAGUCAUUGGUAGAAUUAUUGUGCUGGUGGUUGUUUUUGAUUUAGAAUGAGGCUAAGAAUAUGAAAUGUUGAUAAAACUGGCCACUUAUAGUUGGUUGAGUAGUUUCCAUCAGCGUUUGGGGAUGCAAGAUCAGAGGAUGGUGCUACCUGAGGAAACUUUAGUUCCAAAGUCACGGAAAAAGAAAGCCUCUGCACAAAAGACUUCCAUUUCGCAAAAUCAAGGGGACACUUUGAGCAGGAUGCAAGACACGCACUUAACAUCUAUUCAAGUAGGGAAGAAGGCUUCCAAAAGAGGUCAGGCAGUGGAUGCUUCUACUUCAGGAGAUGACUAUCGGGCAUUGAGAAGAAAAUACUUGCUGCUAGAAGAGGAAAGCUUCACACUUGGAAAAGAGUUAAUGGAAGUUGAAGAUGACAUCAAGGCUCUCGAAGAGGAGAAGUUGGGACUUCUGGAUGAGCUUGUUGUGUUGGAAGGUCUAGUUGACCCUUCGCAGAUUCAGUCCCAUGGCCAACAAUUACAAUAAAGAGGUUUUCACUACCCAUUUCGCUAGUAUACUGCUUUACACUAGUUAAAUGUUAGAUUUUGAUAAGUAUAUCCAUUGUUUUACAUGUAUUAUAAUACUUCUAAAGUUGGUUUGUGUGACAAAUGAGUGAGGCUGAAUCCAGUAUUGUCUCCAUUUGCAACUUUCUUUUCUACCUAGCCCUCUAGUGAAGCAGUGUGAGUACUUAUAUUUUAUCAUUUUGUUAUAAAAACUAAAACUUAAUACAUCUCCAGCUUUGACUUGACUUUA